GCAGGCGAGGUACAGUUCACGAACGAACCUUGUCUUAGAGGUUUUGCAACCUGUUUUAGGGUGUGUUUUGCUGAGCAGUGACUGGGGGGCACUGAAUAGUUUGCAUAGUCGACAGGACAUGCAAAAAUAGCCCAAAAGAAAAAAAAAACGUGUGGUUUUCGACUUUACGCAUUGAAACACGAGGAAAAAAAGUGCACUCAAGAAGAAAGAGGAAUCGAUCCGUGCCAAAAAUGCCCUAUAACCUGAAGAAUGCAUUGAUAAGAAACGAUUUCCAAACCAAAAUAACUGCCUGCAGCUAACACAAGACCCUCAGUCUAAAUACUUCUAGUAGUAGUAGUUGGGGGGGACUAUGUCGUCAUGCAAAUCCAACAAGAUCCUUUCCAUCCUGAGUGUUGAGCUGACAACACCCAGUCUCAGCUAUGCACGCGCUGGUAAAGAUUAUACGUGGACGUGGUGAUACGCGUUUCCUAAGCCAAACCUUCUCCUGCCUGCAGUAUUCAAGGCAGAGUGCGCCAGACAAAGGCUUCACUUCACAGUCCCUGUGCGCUCUGGGAAGGGAUCGAACUUGUGGCCGAAACUUUUCGACAGAUACGAUGAAGAAGAAGUUAAUACUCGACGUGGACACAGGUGUGGAUGACGCACAGGCCAUCAUGAUGGCCCUCGCGGCCCCCGAUGUGGAGAUUUUGGGGAUCACCUGCUCCCACGGGAACACACCCUUGGACAACGCCUGCAAGAACACGCUGCGUGUCCUGAAAGCAUGCGGCAGGCUGGAUAUCCCGGUAUAUACAGGCUGUGCACAGCCCAUGCUGGGCCGCAAACGUCACGCUGGGGAUUUCCACGGGAAGGACGGGCUGGGUGACGUCCCAGAUCCAGAUGCUCCAGGUCUGGAGCUGCUGCAGAAGAAAAGAGCUCCGCAGGCCAUUGUCAAGAUGGUCAAUGAAAACCCUGGAGAGGUGAGUCUGGUGGCUACAGCGCCCCUCACUAACCUGGCCGUCGCAGUCCAGCUGAACCCUAACUUCCAGAAGAAACUGAAGGGGCUCUACAUCAUGGGAGGAAACACUGAGUCCAGGGGUAACACCACAGUGUGUGGAGAGUUUAACUUUGUAGCUGACCCUGAGGCUGCCUACAUUGUGCUGGACCGAUACACCUGCCCCACCUACAUCGCCACCUGGGAGUUCACCUGCAGGAACAGCCUGCCGUGGUCUUUCUGUGACACAUGGCUGGCGCAAGACACCGACAAGGCGCGUUUCAUGGACAAGAUUUACCUCCACACCAGAAAGAUGGUCCAGACUGACCGUUACCAAAAGGAGCUGCUGGGAGGACCUGGGUUCAACACCUGCGACACCUACGCUCUAGCCGCAGCCAUCGACGACAAUCUGAUAACGGAGAGUGAAGAGGUUGCAGUGACAGUGGAGCUGGAGGGAACCUACACCCGAGGCAUGAUGGUCGUAGACCACAUGGAGAUGCUGAAGAAGAAACACAAGGCCGUCAUCUUGAAGAAAGUCGACUUGGAGAGGCACAAACAACUGUUGAUGAAUGCACUGAAGUAGUUGGACAUCUCUGGGCGAGUAAACAUCAUAACCUUUGCAAAGUCCAGUGCAGACCACUCUUUUGUAAUCAUUCCAGACACAACAUUUCAAUGUCUUGCAUACAGUAUGAUGAUAUGUGGUAGUGUGCAGCGACUGAGGAAAUGUUGCAGCAAUAAAAACAUCAGCCACAUUUUAAGAGCCCUGAAGGGAGAAAACUAUUCAGCUUUCCUGUUUUCUGAAGAAGUCCUUUGUGGAGACACAAUGGAAAGCUCUUUUUAAGAAUUUUCCUGGUAUUUUAUUCCUCAUAGCAAAACAGGUGAUCCAGCGCAGAAAUUUUUCUGACUAUUUCUCACUUUUUCUGACUAUUGGUGUUUGUCUGUCUUUAAUAGUAGGUUAGUAGUAGGUUUUAGAAACCUUAGUCUUAAGGUGGUGGUAGUCUCCCAUAUUUUUACAUUUAUUGGUUAGCAUUUUCUAUAUUUGAGGUUUUAUUGUAUUUUAUGGGCUGUGAGAGACAUUGUCUCAUCCCAGGGAUGGUUUUUUUUAUCCAUUAUUGAUGGUGUAAUUGUAGCAACUUGAGUGUAAAGAAAGAUGACGACUCAUAUUGUGCUACCGUGAAAUCAUUACAUCUAUGCACGUACAUAAUUACUAUGCAAUAUACUGGUUCUUUUUGUUUUUUAAUCAAAUAAAUGAGCUGAUACUCA